AACCUUUCUCCUACUAUAGUUCUACACUACUACUGAGCAGCAAAUACAAAUAAACACACAGAUUUGUGUGUCAGCCCAAAGAGAGAACAGAGACUGGACACCAGUAUGAAAACUGUGUGAUCCUCUGGUCAAACUGUGAACACGGCUGACAGGAAAACAAGGUGAACACGUGACAGAGACUCAGUCGGACGAGGACUAUUGGCUGUAAAACUGCAAUCAGAUAUAUUCCAGUAAAGCUCCACCUCUUCCUGUACGCAGAUAUACACUGAGGACAGCACAUGUGAUGAUCAGAGCAGAGAGACGGGCGGAGAGACGGUCUACCUGGACGUCAUGGAUCACCUGUUGGUGCUGAUGCUGUUGCUGUGGAGCUCAGGACUCCAGGCUGAAGGAGAACACACCUCAACAGAGCCUGAUGAUGUCAGGUUGGUUGGAGGAAAUAGUCGCUGUGCAGGAACACUGGAGGUGAAAUAUCAGGAGGUCUGGGGAUCAGUGGGUGACGUUUACUCUGUCUGGACCCUGAAGGCAGCAGCUGUUGUCUGUCGAAAGCUGGACUGUGGCUCUGCUGUUUCUGUAAGACGGAGAGAGGACUCCUACAGAUCUGUGUGGAUCAUCAACUGUGACUGUGUUCUGUCUGGAUCUGCUCUCAAGGAGUGUGUAGCAUCAGAUACCUUUUCUUCCAUCCUGGAUCUCACCUGCUCAGACUCUGUCAGGCUGGUGAAUGGGACUACUCUGUGCUCAGGCAGACUGGAGGUGAUGUCCAACCCGUCCAACCAGUCGUGGUCCUCAGUGUGUGACGCUGACUUUGACCUGCAGGAUGCUGAGGUGGUCUGUAGGCAGCUUGGCUGUGGGGCUCCUUCAGUCCUCCAGGGGGCGCUCUAUGGAGACGUGGAGGCUUCAAUGUGGACCAAAGAGUUCCAGUGUGGAGGCCAUGAGUCUGCUCUCCUGGACUGUAGAAGCUCAGGCUCAGAGAGAAACACCUGCUCACCUGGCAAAGCUGUUGGACUCACCUGCUCAGAGCCUGAUGAUGUCAGGUUGGUGGGAGGAGACAGUCGCUGUGCAGGAACACUGGAGGUGAAACAUCAGGAGGUCUGGAGACCAGUGGGUGUUCGUGGCGUUUACUGGACCCUGAAGGAAGCAGCUGUUUUCUGUCGAAAGCUCGGUUGUGGCCCUGCUGUUUCUGUAAGACGGAGAAAGGAGUCAUACAGAUCUGUGUGGUGGAUCAGGUCUGACUGUGUUCAGUCUGAAUCUGCUCUGAGGGAGUGUGCAACACCAGGGAACUCUCCCUCUAUCCUGUAUCUCACCUGCUCAGAUCUAAGGCCUUUUAUCAUCAGAGCCAUCGUCCUGCCGCUGAUUCUGCUGUUGGCGAACAUUGGCCUUUACUUCUACUAUAAGGUACUGACACACGUCUGUUGUUCAGACCACUGACUGACAUGAAGCUCUCAGUCUGUGUUCAUUGAAGUGAAGAGAGAGAGGAGUGAUGCAGGAAGUCACAUCUGUGUGCUGUCAUGUGUCUCCAGGCCACCAGGGGGCAGAGGCCGGGCAGACGGGAGAAGGCCGAGCCGGAUUAUUAUAACCUGGGUGUUCCUGCAGCUGAAGGAGGGCCGACUGAAGAGGAAGGAGCUCAGGGAGCAGAGUAGCACCUCCACGGAGCUCAUCUCACAUCCAGAUGGAUUUAUAACACACAACCCACCAGCAGAUCAUUUUAUACGCAUGUUCCCUUUAAACAAGCUGUACAUAUUAUAUUACAUCAUAUACUAUAUUAUUAUUACUCUCAACAUGAAAACCAACAAUGUGUUAGUCUCUUCAUACGUUCUGACUUCCUGUCAGCUUCCAUCUCAUUGGUUCCUACUGAAGACGUAAUUCUUUAAAAACACUUCCCAAAUAUAUAGUUUCAUUUGAAAACUAGCCUUUAAAGCAGGAAUACCGAAGUCCAAGCAGCCGGCACAACUUGAAACUAAAGACACACCGACCCAGGCCGAUCCAGAACAAUGUUGGCCAAUCUGGGUUCGGUGAACAUCUGUUUGUUAAAAAGUAAUAGUAGUCACAGUAAUUCCAGUAAUUUUGGUAAAGUAAAUAGUAUUUUUUGUAACAAAGGAUUUUUCUUAUUUCAUGAGAAUCUUACAUACAUUUUGUAGUUAAGUAUUUUGAUCAUUUCAUACGAAUUGUACUUCAUUUUGUACUGAGGAAAUUUACUCGUUUUUGUACUUAUGGAAUUCACUUAAUUCAGUCAUAAGGACUUUCAAUGUUUCAGAAGAAUUUUCCAAAUUUUGCAUUUAAGGAUUUUGCUUACUUUGUAACAAUUUUGCUUAUUUUUAUAAUUAAGGGUUUUGCUUGUUACAAUAUAGUAAUUUGUUUAAGUUUGUAAAUAAGAGCGAGUAGUAAUAGUCAUUUUAGUUAAGUAAAUAGUAUUUUUUUACAAUUAAGGAUUGUGCUUAUUUCAUGAGAAUCUUAAUUUUGUAACUAAAGAAUUCUAUUAAUUUUGCAUUUAAGGAUUUUGCUUUCUUCAUAACAAUUUUACUUAUUUUUGUAAUUUAGCAAUUUUCGUUCUUAUAAAAGAAUUUCCUAAUUUUGUAAUUAAGGAUUUUGCUUACUCAACAAAUUUACUUAAUUUUGUAAUCAGUGUGUUUUUUUUAUUUCAUGAGAAUUUUACUCAUUUUUGCACUCUAAAUUUUGUUCAUUUUGCAAAGUUUUGUUCUUGUUUUAUAAUUAAGAAUUUUGCUUAUUUCAUAAGAAUUUUGCUUCUUUUCUUUGUUGUGCUUAAAAAGUUUUUGAUAGAAAAUAUCCUCAUUAUUAAUCCAAUAAUGUGAAUAAAAAUAUGAACACAUACAGUAUGUAGCAGCAGCCUUCAGAGAUGAUAAAGAUUAAAACAUUUUGAAGUCGGGUCCAGGUGGAUCAUUAUUGGACGACACCAUGUGACCCGUCUGCUCACAACCAUUUAACAACCAAAACCAAAGCAGAGCGUCAUCAGAAGGAGAACUUUACACUCACCUGUGCAGAUCUGUGUUCAGAUGUGCUCCAAAUAUUCAGUUCUCAGGUCACCAUUGUUGCUGUUGGAUCAGGACUCAUGUUUGCUGGGAGAGAUGAAAUGAUUCAGAUCACUGUAAUAAAUGUAUCACCAUCAUCUGCUGUGUUCAAAGAAAUAAAACCGCUUUCAGAAGCUAUGAAA